AUGAAGUGUGUUUUCAUAUUUUUGAUAAUAUCCCUGGGACUAUUGGCUUUGACACAGGCUGAUGAAGGCGGUGUCAGGUGCCCACGACCUUGUACAAGGGAUUAUAGGCCUAUUUGUGCCGAAUGGCGAAGGGGUAUCAUACGUCCCAUUGUGAGUCGUUGCACUUUCUCCAAUAAGUGCGCUUUUGACAAUCAAAGAUGCAGAACGAAUCAAAAUUGGGUUGUCGUCGACGAGAGGCGCAAGUGCAGGAGUCAAACUCCCGAUUGCGAUGAGCUCCGAAGGUCAGCAGAAAUUUGA